UUUCUUUUUGGAUACUUACUGGAUUUUUGACCCAUUCUAUUUUAACUCCUUAUGAAUCUCAACCUUUUGGAUAACUCUACCAGAUACAACUUCCUUGCCAGGCUGACUUGACCUGGAUACCCACCAUGCACAACAGCACUGCUGAAAUUCCGCACACAGCUGCAACAUAUAAUGAGACUUGUCCUACCCAGUCACCGAGCUCCGAGUUUUCACUGGGUGUGUUGGUGCUGCUGGCUCUCCUCAUGGUGCUGCUGUCUCUGGUGACCAUCCUUGGAAACAGCCUGGUGAUCCUUGCUUUCAUUAUGGACAAAAACCUCAGGCAUCGGAGUAACUAUUUCUUUCUGAAUCUUGCUGUUUCAGACUUUGCAGUGGGUGUGUUCUGUAUGCCAUUGUACAUCCCUUAUGCCCUGACAGGGACAUGGCACUUGGGAAGAAGCCUGUGCAAGCUCUGGCUGGUCAUGGACUAUCUUGUGUGCACAGCUUCAGUGUUUAACAUCGUCCUUAUCAGCUACGACCGUUUCCUGUCAGUUACAAAAGCUGUGUCUUACAGAGCCCGGCAAGGAAUAAUGUCCAGCCCUGCCAUCAAGAUGGUGGCCAUCUGGGUCUUAGCCUUCCUUCUGUACUGCCCAGCCGUCCUGUUUUGGGAGCACGUGGCCGGACACAGCGUGGUUGCGGUGGAUCAGUGCCAUGCUGAGUUCUACAACAACUGGUACUUCCUGCUGUGUGCAUCCACGCUGGAGUUCUUUGUGCCCCUGCUCCUGGUGACCUACUUCAACAUGCACAUCUUCCACAACAUCCAGAGGCGCCAGCGGCGUGGCAGCGUGCAGGACUGUGAGUCUGCAGGGAGCAGCAGCCUGUCCUGGAGGUUUUGUGGCUUGCCGAGGCCAGGGGCAUCGUCUCCUUCAUCAGAAGCAGAGGACAGUGUUUCUUCACUAACGAGGUCAUGGAGACCAGCAGCAGUGGCUAAUGGUCCAUCUCGAAAAGAGAGCAGUUCUACAGCUCUCAAAAGGAACUUUUCUGCUUCCUUCUCUUCAAAGACUGGAUCAAAACUGCAGCGGGACAAGAAAAUAGCAAAGUCUCUUGCGAUAAUUGUCUGUGUGUUUGCCAUUUGCUGGGCCCCAUACUCCUUAUUAAUGAUUAUUCGUGGAGCCUGCCACGGGAAGUGCAUCCAUAAGUCUCUGUAUGAAGCAACCUUUUGGCUUUUGUGGAUCAAUUCCUCUUUGAACCCAUUUCUUUAUCCUCUCUGUCAUAUGAGGUUCCGAAUGGCUUUUCUGAAGAUAUUGUGUCCCCAAAAGUUAGCAACACCGAAAUCUGGUAACACACCUUCUUUAUAGAGAGGUGAAAGAAAUGUCUUACAGAUAAGGUUCCUCUGUUAUUUAGUGAUUCAUUUUCAUAUGUAUUGUCGGCAAAAAUAGAGGAAAAAGCAAUUUGUUUACUAAUGACUAAUUGUUUAAGAGUGCAGCAGAGUUAUGUAGUUGCCCUGAUAUUGCUAAUUUUCAGGAUCUCAUUUUUGGUUUUGCUGGUAUGAGGCCAGAUUAAUUACUGUCUAGCGCAUUGAAAAGAAUAACAAGCUUUGCUGGGUGACCUUUUGGUUUGUGAGUGUGAGAUAUAUUUUUUUCCUUCUCUUUUUUUUCUUUUCUUUGUUUAAUGCAUAGAGCUGGCACUGUGAAAAACUCUGCUAUCGCUGUCUCCAUAGAGAGUAAUUGGGGGAGAUACCUGUUCAUGUAUGUGUUGAAGUAAAAUUUAUGUCCUGUUUAUGAACCUAAAGCUAUCAGUGAAGAAGCAAUUCUGCUACAUUUUCUAAAGAUUGUAAAAAUACUCACAGAAGCAGUAUAUUUUGAUUUUAUAAACUAUUAUGAAGACAAGAGGGUGCCCUCUCCUUGUUAUAAUACCCACAGUGAGCAAUAUUCAAGUGAAUGGGCUGCCUAACCUACCAUAUCUGUCCUUUUCAAAUUUUAAUCUGGUAUUUCAGGACAAAGUACAUGUAAGUUAGUAAUUCUGAAUGAUUUUCAGAGAAUGAAUUUUUCCAUGCUUAAGAGGAUUUUGAGAUUGGUUAUCAAAAUGGUCAGACAUAAAUGGUAGUUAGUCUUUUCACCUAUACUGUUUUUUCACCUGACAGUGGCUGCCUCCUCAGUUGUGCUUAAAUGACAUUUAGUGCCAGAUCUGUGCACUAUGUGAUUGCCUAAAAGAUAGGCCAGUGUUGGGCACAUGAUCACAUUCCUGUUGAAUUAGCAAAGCAAGCAAUGCUAAAUUCAUACUGGAUUUAUGAUUUUGGCUGGCUGUGCGAGAAUAGACAAUAGCCUUUCGAGUGUAAAGCUUUGCAAGUGCAAAGAUAUUCCAUCAAAAUGCCUAGAACAAAUUUUAUCUGACAGAGUGAUUUUUAUACUAGCUAAGUUCUUUGUGUCCUGUUACUGAGACAUUAUGUGGAUUUUUUUCUGCCACAGAACAAAUAUCAAACUGGAUUUUUUCAAUUAGGGAGCAAGGGCCUGCUUGAGAAUGAGGUUUAGAGAGGUCUGGAAGCUGAUACAGAGAUAUCUUAAGCAGCUCUUAACAAACAAAGCUGUUGAAUGUCCAGUGCUGAUAGGAGUGAACAGAUGUGUUGGCGAAAGCAAUGGAGCUUGAUUAUACCCUAUUCCAUGUGCCAAACUUUCUUACCAUGUGUUGAGUGUUGCAACCCACCCAGAAAGCUUUCAUGGAUGGGUAAGUGAGAGUCACUGGCUACAUCUUUUUCUCUCCUUUUAUGUGAUGUUAUUCCUCUUUGUUUAUAAAUAUAAAAAUGUAUGAAAUAUGGAAAGCGAAAUCUGAUGCACAGAACAAUGAAGAGCAGUAGUCAACUUAAAUAGUUUUUAAUCUAAUUUGAAAUUGGCUGUUGAAGUGUUGCUAUAACAGAGUACUCCUAUGCAAGCACAAUUCAAAUGCAUGGAAGCAGCCUAAUUAUAGCACAAAAGUUGAUGGCUUUGAAGAGCUAGAAUGUCUUUCUGUUCAGAGGUCUGGAACUGAAGACUUCUCUUGCCAGUUUUUGCACUGCUGUAAGAUUAUCUUUCACCCUUCAUUCUUGCUAUGCUUCCUUGCCUGGAUAGUGUUAUGGAUUGUGAGCCUAAUUGCUAAGAGAGAUGCAGCUUCAGGAGGAGGUCAUUGAUUCAGCACAGCUGUUUUUACUGUCAUGAGCUGUGGUGCUGGCAUAGAUUCUGUAGGGUUUGUUUUUCUGUGAUGCUUAAAAAACCUAAACACACACACAGAGUUAAAACAUUUACAGAAUAGCUGGUGUACUAAACAUCUGUUAAAUAGAGAAACUGAAGAUAGGCCCAAGAUGGAAAUGUAUUUGAGUAGUUUGCUUUUGCAUCUCUAUGUUUUUAAUAUAAAAAUUCAGUUUGCAUUUUGUGUUUAAAGAAUGCGUUGCUCAUUUUGGAAAAUGACCCUACAAAAUUAUUGAUGAGAUAAACUGAGUCCACAUUUUGCAUUGCUGGAAAACUAGUUAGUGAAUUUGCCAGGCAGAAUAAUCUGCAGCAAACUUGAAACAACAUAGCAUGGUGAAGCUACUAGAGAUCAGUGGUUUUUAGAGUCUUUUACACACACAAUGUUCAAACUGUUUUCUCACACUUCUCCCGUGUAUUAGAUGAAUUUGUUGUAUUUUUCUAAUUGUUGAAAAUUUUGCUUAAUGCUCCCAGGGCAAGUCAAGCACUGGUUGCUGUGCCCACAGGUUUAAAGCUGUCUUGGUCAGGGUGGCAUCAAAAAUAUUCUCCCUUGUAAAUCAUAAAUCAGACAUUUUUCAGGGUUGUGGUUAGAUUAUUUUUCAGCAUUUGUUCUUAUGCCCCGACUCAAAUGGAUGUUUCUUGCCAAAGGGUUUUCUAACCCAGGUGUCUCUAGCAAGUCACUCAUUCAAUUCACUAUUUCAUGUCUUUGAAUUUUCUUCUGUCUUUGCAGAUGUUCAGUAUCCCUAAAUACAUGGUGACAGUGGCUAUAUGGGCUUUGUGGGCUUCAACUCAAACCACCCUAUUUUUUUUCUAAUCUGACCCUCUCAGAUUUAAAAAGAUCAAAACCCUCAACAAAUAAAAAAUACA